AUGAGGGAUUUGAAUCAGAAAUGUAUCCAGGCGAAUAGGCCGGUGGUGACAAUCACUUCCACCGUGUACGAUCGUAGAGCCCUGGAUAUAAACUCUGAUAUACCGUUGAUCAACUCUUUGAAUCAUCUAACUUAUCUAACGUCUAAUUCGGGAAAGGUACGAGAGACUUUAGCGAAUGAUGGAGCCUUGGAGAGACUCGUUGCGAUACUCCAGGGAUGUUACAUCCCUCUUUUCGAGCUUUUAGGGCUGGAUUUGAAACAUGUCAGCAAACAUAAACGUGCUCAAUCGAUAUGGAGACAGAAGAAGCUGGCAAUGUGUGCCUGGAAAUGGACUCUAGCGUUCCAGUGUCUCGUCCUUACAGGUACCAGAGGUACAGAACAGAUACGAAAGAAAGUGGUGCUGUCUGGGGUUGUGCCGGUUUUGGCCACGGUGGUUGACAACUACUUGAUAUAUCACAAGAAAUAUGAUCAUCUGAAAGGGGGCCCCAUUGACAUAAAUUUGAGCUCUCUGGAGAGCGAGAAAACUUACAGGCUGCUGCGAAAGGAUGAAAACGAGUCUUACGCGCAGUACAUGGAGUAUAUCACCGGGAGAGAUCCUUUAAGGCUUUCAAAUGAUGACAACUUCGCUGGCGAGGAUCUUAUGGGGCCUUCCAUGACACUGCCGUCAGAUUUUAUCGAAAUAUGGUUGAACUGCAGGACGUCGACCGACGUGGACGGGAUCGACGGUAAAAGAAGAGAAAAGGACAGCCCGAGCGAAUCAACGGAAAGUGAAACAUCUGAUAAGUUUAACGCCGGUGACGGAAGCUUUGUUGGCGAUGAUGAUCAAUCUCUUUGUAUAUCUGUUCCUCGAGAUUUCUUGCUGGGUAGAGUGAUCCCGAAGCAGGACGAUGUCAUAUGGUCCUUGCAACUGUUGGCUUUCAUCUCGAAAUACACGUAUAUGAAGCAGCAAUUGCAGAAUGUCGAAUUGGUAGAGUCCUUAUCUUUCAGAUCCGUCGUGGAACGGGUCAGGAAACGACUAGCGCAGAAAGAGCGACCCGAUGGGGAAGGUUCAGCAUCAGGGGAUAUAGUGAUGCAAGAUGCACCGCCAAAUCAUAUGGCUGCAACCGAUGAUCCAUUCCUAAUCGAGCUGCAGGAAGUUGCGCGAAGCUGUAAGCAGUCCGAAAAGGAGACAAUCAAGGAAAACGAACCUUUCUUUCAAAAGCGUUAUAGACAUUUUAUUUCUAGCAUAUCAACAGAGCAUAAUCAACCAAGGAGGGUCCAAGAGAGAAGAUUAAUCGAUGAUUUCAAGAGGAAGUGGGAUUAUAACACUCUAUCUACCGAAUUAGAUGAUGAAACGUGGUCAUAUAUCAAUUCAAAGGAGAGUCUGAAUCUAUUUCCUCUGGUUGAACGGUGCACGGUAAAUCAUGAAAAUCCGCAUGACAUGGUUUAUUGGAGUUCCGUAAUAAUGAGAAACUCUUGUAGGAAGAAUGAGGUCACUGGAGUGCGCCAAUGUGCCAACUUUGCUUGUGGUAAAUGGGAAGAUUUUCCCAGACAAUUUGCCAAAUGCCGUCGCUGCAAGCGCACAAAGUACUGUUCUCGUGAUUGUCAAUUAACAGCCUGGACUUACCAUAGAUACUGGUGCCAUGAGGUCGGCACGAGCGUCAGCACGACUGCUUCAACCACAGGUGCUAAUACACCUAAUGCUGCUCAUUCAUCUAACAGCCUAAGCCAGAACCCGCCAGACGAUGGAACUACAAUAAACUUCACUAUAAACAAUAAUGCCACGGAGGAUGCUGCUAACGGUGGGGGAAUAGCAGUAGGUGGUGGCAUCGAAGGUGCAGAAGCGGUGCCUGCUGGCUUUAAUGUUAGGGCAGCUGAUUCACCGACAACUCUAAGCAUGAAUGAUAACGGAAGGCCGAAUGUGGACAACGUUGUCAGACAUAUAAUAGGCGACAUAACUGAGGAAGAAGAUGAAAUGGUUUUAACAGAUCAAAACAGUGGCAGUAAUAUAGCAUAG